UCUAGUGCAAGAUUGACUUACGGCAUCUCAAUGUAAAUAACUGUUAGAAGCACGCGGUGUUACGGCAAUCUCUCGCCAACUUUCCUUCUCUCAUUUGUUGGGGUGAAGCGUACUCUCGGCGGAACUGCGCAACGUGACGCAGAACAAGUGUCCACUAUAAACUGAGAAUUGAGAAUUCCUCCUAACCAAAAUUAGAAUGCGGGAUUGUCUAUUCCUCAAGUCAUUCACCAAUUCAUCCUCAGGACCUGCUUCAGUUCCAAGUCUUCCACCGUCUUCCCAUGGUGACAACACACCCAGCACAUCCAGUUCCACAGCGAGCGUCUCUCGCGAAUACAACCUGACAGUGCAGGCCAAAUCCUAUGCGGAGAUUAGGUCCAUGAUACAGGGUGCUCCAGCGGAGGGCGAAGUGCACCUUCUUAACCCUGACGGAGAUUGUGUAAAUGAAGCACUCAACAACAACACAAUAAUCAGAAACAGAAACGGCAGCCUCACCAGCCUCAUUAGCACUUACUUCAACCACACCGAAACCGCCUCGCAGCACUGCCUCCGCCUUCAUCGAUGCGUCGAUCGCGCACGAGCCAUGUACGCACCCCUCUUCGACCUCCGCGACUCCCAUGAUUGUGACCGCACCUUCGAUCUAUUCGUUCAGUUCGAUGGCAACGAAAACCCUUUCCCUGAUUCAAAUGUCUCCAGCAAAGACAUCCGUAACUGCCUCACAGACCUUAGAAACCAGCUUGAUUUUGGCCUCGGCAAGUCUCGCUCUCGGAUUCGCCUCUUCCGGCGCGCUACUGCCGGUUCUGCUCUCUGUUUCGUCGCCACUGCGGUUGGAGUGGCAGCUGCGGCGGUUGCACUCACAAUUCAUGCCGUUUUUGCCCUUGCCGCCGCUGCUGGUCCCUGUUGCAGUGCUUACAUCCCCAAUCCGAGUUGUGCGGCUGAAAAGAGGGAAGUUGCCAGGCUGGCACAGCUAGAUGCCGCUGCCAAAGGUGCUUACGUGCUGAGCUAUGACCUCGACACCAUUGAUCGACUCGUGGCUCGACUCCACACUACAAUUGAGGGAGACAAGCGUCUUGUUAGGAUGGGGUUGGAGAAGGGAAGGGCGAGUUAUCCUAUCCAGGAGGUUUUCAAGCUCCUAUGCAAGAACAAUGAAAGUUUUCUCCGCCAGCUUGAUGAUCUUGCGGAGCACGUAUGCCUCUGCAUUUACACUGUCAACAAGGCGAGAGUUUUGCUUCUUAAAGAGAUAUGUGGUCAUCAAACUCCCUAGUUCCUGUUUUUAACCAAUUGAUCCUUUUUUUUCUUUGUUGUAUGUGUGAUCAUUGCUGGUCCAGGUCUUCAACGUAAUCUGCUAUUUCAGGAAAGGGUUUAAACUAAUGUUUGUGCUAGAUUUCAGUUCAUACUUCAUACUGCUAUGGCCUAUUGAAGAAACACCCUUAUUGUAUUAACCAUAACUAUCUAUUCAUUCAUAUCAGAGACAGAGAGUACCUUGCCACCUAAUAGCCAUUGCCACCCUAGUUCAUAUUUCAUUGUUGUGGAAUGUUGAUGUACUUCCUAAACUUUUUAACAAUUCUGCCUUCUUUUUGGUUUCUUUUAAGUUCAAAAUUGCAAUAUUUUUUUUAAGCAUUUUUCUGUUGCCUACUAUCUCAGUGAUUGCAGUAAUCAGAUACAGAUUCAGUUUUGUUUAUGAAAGGAUGCUUUUGUUUGUUUGUACAUAUGCUUGCUUUUUAUGUUGAAGAAUGGUGUGGCUUCAGCAUUUCCAUCUACUUUUUCAAAGAGAAACCCAGCUUCAUAAUUUGUCUGAAAGAGAGCGUUAGGAGGAGGCGAAUUGAUGAGAAGAUGAAGGCCAUGGAAAAAUUAAUUCCCAUUUGAAUAAGGAGCUCAAAACACACUGUGGAGCGAAAAAGCAAAGAAAAGAAGAAACAAAGAAAAACUAGUCAACAUAAGCCAUGACCACGAAGCACUUACCAAUCAAAAAUGCAUCCCCUUGUCAUUUUCGGCAUAGCCAUCAACAACAAAAGGGAUCAUCACGCCUCCACUUCUGACGUUUCAAACUACCGCAAAGAAAUAUAUGAACCAUUUCUUACGCUCCUCCUUGCUACAAGUUGCUCUUGUCUAGUUUUGAAAAUGUUCCUUCAAAGUACCGGGAACGGACCACUGUCUGUCAAGAUGAACUAAUCAUGCGCACCACAUCUGCCAACCUAUCAAGACAAACCAAGCAAACAUUUCUACUCUUGGAGGAACUAAGCCUUUCCAGAUAGUCUUGGUGAAACUAUAACUUGUUACGUCCUCCGAAAGCGUUUCCUCCUGCAAUACCUGCACAAAUGAGUUAGUAGAAAAUACACUUUGUCUGUCUACCAGCCUCAAAGUGUCAUGUAGUUGACUCACAAGUUCCAACUCCUAUUAGAAUAAGUCACGCCUCCAUUGGAAGUUUCAAAUCCACUCUAACUCAUCCCAAAACCCACAGUCCCCGAUGACAGAUCCUUUCUAUAUUGAAAUCGAGAAGAGCCUUGGAUACCUAUCCUUCAGAGGACCACAAAAUAGUCAGACAUCCUCCCAGAAUCGAGUUCUUCUACUGUCACCAAUUUUCAUAGUCAAUCUGAUUAUCAUCUUGUCUCUUACAUGCUGCUCCUUAAUCUGUAGUUGACAGAUAUCCUUCCAUGGACCCACUCUAGUAGACAAAUUUUAAAGUGGAGGAAACACCAUUGUAUGAGUCUUAGAAUUAAGGAGUUUCGGACGUUGAAAAUAAUGAAUUUUGGGUGUUAUGAUUAUGUUUUUUUAUGUUGGAAUUGAAGAGUUUUAGAUGUAGAGAUAAUAAAUUUUGGAUAUCUUGGAGUAUUAUGUUUUCCGG